AUGGAGGUCGCGGAGGUUCAGGAGGCUCUAAAGACGCUCUCCACACGAGAGUCCUCUAAUGUGGAGGAGGAGAAAGACGCUCUCCACGAUCAUGUGGAUCGGUGUGUUCCCGAGAGCUUCUUUGAUCGCGUAACCUGUAAGGGUUACGCGACGAUCGCGAGAGCAUGA